AUGGUGCUGCGAGCAUUCUGGAAUACUGGAGUUGGCUUGGUGCAUCGACUUGUCAUGAAGGGGUCGAUGAAGAAAGGAGUUUUGGGCGUGAGUUAUCCUUCUGUAUGGAAAGCUAGAGCGGGACUUUUAGAUUGCGAUGUGAACCUGCACCUCAAUAAUUCGUCUUACCUUUACAAUAUGGGACUCGCGCGUUGGUUUUUUACAGCAGUCAAUGGAACGGUGUGGCAGACGAUUAAAAACCGUCGCAUGAUCUUGGUAAGCUGCCAUUGGAUGGAAGUUGAGGAAUGA